AUGUUGGCCAACCUGGUUGCUGCGCUGCUUAUCGCGGCACUCACGCCUUCAUCCCCAGUCCAAGCAGAAACAUCUGGGACGCUGCUCAACGUAUCAUCGACGGAUCUCGCCAGCUCCUCCUCCACCAGAGCCUUUCCCUCGGAAUGCGACGGAAGUGCGUACUACGCAACGUGUUCCAGCUGUAGCGAGCUGAUGGUGUGCCUGGGACCGUUCCGGGACGUUCGGUCCUGCGCCGAAAGCGACCCGAGCAAGCCAUUUUGCGUGAACGGAGCUUGCACCGGCGAGGCCGUCUUCAACGAGGACUGCCCAGCUCCGGUGAUGACUUGCACCGGAAAAGGGUUCUUCCCAGAUGCUUACCUGUGUGACCUGUACCACUACUGCCACGCGGAGGGUCAACAGUCGGACGUGUACCAGUGUCCACCGAACUACGUGUUCAACGUCAACACCAACCAGUGCAAGCAGCGAACCAAGGACGCGGACUGUGUUCGGGUUCAGUGUGAUCCGAAGAAGAUCUUCGUUAGCUACGGUAGCAGCAAGAGCCACUACGCGUUCUGCAGCUCGGACGGGGUUGUGAUGCUCAGGUGUCCGGCGGGGGCGAACUUUGAUGGGCUCCUCAGUUGUGUGUUCCAGUGUACCAAGGAGGGCAACUACGCGGACGAUAGCGAUCCGAGCAAGUUCUACCAGUGUUACACAAAUUCGGCGAAGAAGUUGACGGCGAUUGCGAGGGAGUGCAGUGGUGGGAAGGUUUUUAGCGAAAAGGAGGGAUUCUGUGUGAAGCCUGCAGAAGAUUAAAUCGAUUGGAGAUGGUUUUUUGAGAUUAUGUUUUAUUUAAAGUCAUAUUUUACGUUUGCGGUUUGAAUAUAAAAUAAAUAAAUUCA